AUGUCGAUGCCCUCAACCGGGCUCCAGGCGCUCAUCCUCUGCGGGCCCGGCUCGUCGUUUCCAACCUUUACCUCCAACCCGGACGAGAGCCCAAAAGCUCUUUUGCCGAUUGCCAAUAGACCCAUGGUCUGGUAUCCCAUAGACUUUUGCCACCGCAUGGGCAUCACCGAUAUUACGCUGAUAUGUCCUCCGUCUGCCUCCAACGCCAUGAACUCGGCCUUCAGCAUCAACCCCUCCCUCACCAGCCUCCCGCUUCCCAAACCGGACAUAGUCUCGCCAAAGGACUUGGACUUCAACACGGGUACUGCGAAAAUUCUUUGCCUUGCCGAGGUCCGGGACUUGGUCAAGCUAGACUUUGUGGUUCUACCGUGCGACCUGGUUUGCGAACUGGGAGGCGACAAGCUCCUGCAAGCCUGGAUGAUAAAAGCGGCGAGUCUCGCGCAUCUCGUGGGCCACGGCGGCUUCGCAGACGGCCACGGCACACGCCACAGCGGCGGGCUCGGCGUGUGGUACAACACCAAAACCGCCGUGCCCGUCAAGGGCGAAGAAACCGACUUCAUCGCCACGGCGCCGUUGCCGCCCUCGCAACCGGAUGCCCUCAAGGGACCCGUCUUGUCCAACCUGUCGAGGCUCGUGUACUCGAUGCCCACCGACUCGCUCAACGACCUGAUGGAGGAGAAAAAGUCCCUGCCUAUUCGCCACGGCUUGCUGAGGGCGCAUCCUCGCCUUCGCAUGUACACUGCUCAUCGAGACGCCCACAUUUACAUAUUUCCUCGGUGGAUCAUGGACUUUAUCAACGUGAACCAGCGGCUCGACAGCAUUGGCGAAGACGUUGUCGGAUGGUGGGCCAAGGCUGGUUGGCAAGCCGGCCUGGCCGACAAGCUUCACAUCACCUCGCUUUGCAGCACCAGAAACCCGGACGACGACCAGGAUUCCAUCCCCGACAGCGUGUCCAGCCAUGCCUCCUGCGCGGAACAUUCUGCCGCAGGGCCAAGCGAUGAAGCCCCAGCAGGGCCGGAGCCGUUUGGGCAAGGCGACGGUAGGCGGCAGAACGACUCGGGCCAUUCUUGGCAUGCCACCGACGUACCCCCUAUUCUCGCCUACCUUCACUCCUCCGAAGGACAAGCAAAUGCCCCCAUCCUGAGGCGAGUCGACAACGCCCAGCUCCUGCUGGCCACGUCUCUGCAGCUGGCCAAGCUCGAGUCCGUCGAAGAAGUAGGGGCCGAAGCAGCUUCUCCCUUUGCACAUGCCAGGAAAGUCGCCUACCCCGAGGGUGUCAAACCGCGCACCACAAUCACGAAGCCGGACAGUCUGAUCGCAGAGAACGUGACAGUCGAGGAAAAGACGGCCAUCAAAGAGUCGGUCGUCGGGGCCAAUUGUCAGAUCAAGGAAGGUGCCAAAUUGUCGCAGUGUUUGCUGAUGGACGGAGUGGUCGUUGGCAAGGGAUGCAAGUUGACAAAGUGCAUACUGGGCAGGAGGUGUGUUAUUGGAGACUACUCGGUUCUUACAGACUGCGAAGUACAAGAGAACCUGUUGGUGGAACCUCGAACCGAGGAUAAGGAUCAAAAGCUCAUGAGCUCCGAGGGCUUGGAGGCAACAGAAGCCGAAAUGGACCGAGUCCUGCAGGAUGUAGACAGAGAAGUCACAGCAAUGACAGACGAGGCUGCAGAGAAAUAG